AUGCGGGAUCACUUCACUACAGGUGAACCUUCCACAGUUGACCGACCGCUGUCCGCCGUUUCCGACGCGAGUCCGAAAUCCACCAGUAGCCAUCAUCCCGUUCCUUCCAAUAGCUCGUUCACCAGUCAUAAAAUGAUGUCGUGGAUCAUGCCUUCCAAAUCAAAGUCGACCUCUACCGACGCCAAGUCCAUUCAAAAAGAGUCUCCAGAACUCAGGCCUUCCCUUGCCGUGGAUGUGGACGUCGAUAUGACACGAUUGUAUGAGCUGUCCAUCAAAGACCUUCCAGAUUACACAAAGUCCAUCAGGUUGAACAUCGCCCCUAUGGCGUCCAAAGUUAUUCUGGAACCUUUAGAAAAUGGGACUGCAGCCCCCAGUCCGACAUCAGCGGCGCGAGAACAAACUCCUAUUUCGUCUCCAAAGACAGUCGACAAGGAAAGCAAAUCCAAGGUUCCCACGAGCGUGCUGCCCUGGAAAACAAAGUGGAAGCCUUCACCUGAAGACAAAAAAAAUUGGAAUCGGUUCCUUUCGACAAAUUCAGAGGAAAUGUCGAAAACGAUGCAGUUUUCAUUCAAUGAUUUGAAAUUACGAGGGUUUGCUGGCCACACAGGCACGGUGAGAACCAUGACAGUGAACGAGCCUGCCAAAAUUUUUGCUUCGGGAUCGCGAGAUCGCACCGUGAAACUAUGGUCGCUCAACGUGCAUGACGGCAUUGAGCAUUGGGCGACGCGUCCGUUCUCGGAAAGUCUCGUGACUUACACCGGUCAUCGCCGUGGAGCCAUCAAUGAUGUGCAUUUUCUUUCAGGAGGUGGCAGUAACGGUUUAAGCAAUAUCGUCGCCAGCUGUGAUGGGCAUAUUCACCUAUGGGAACCAGAGACGGGCAAGGCCAUUCAUCAGUUCAACAUUGGUCGCGCUUCUAUCGUAUCAGUGAAACCUAUAUUCCACUCGCGGUGCUUGGUGGCUGGUGCGCUUGAAGGCCAUAUCACAUUUUUUGACACGCACAAUCAUCGUGCUCUUCAUACAUGGAAAUCAAGCCUCAAUACUACAGGCACGGUACGAGCCAUUACAGUGAAUCAGGCAGAAACGCUGAUUGCUGUCGGAUACUCGACGGGCGUGAUCUCGUUAUUGGAAUCUCGCACGGGCACCCUUGUUGCCAGCUGGAAAGGAGGCGACACCGAGAUCACCAUGGUUAAAUUUUAUACUGACGAAUUGGUUAUGACCUGUGCGCCUGCGGAUCAUUUGAUUUGUUGCUGGAAUGUUCAUCGCUUAGCGCUUGUCAAGACGAUCCCCAUUUCUCAAGACGUUGUCUCCUUGGAUAUUUUCAAGGACGAGAUUUUGACGAUUAAUGGCAACAAUUCCGUGUCAUUUAUACCCAUCAAUGACGAUUUCCAAUCGUAUUCUUCAAAGUUCAAAUCUUCCAUCAUCAAGUCACAAGUCAGUUCCCUGGCUAUCGUUCCGACCGAUCAAUUGCUGCUGUUUGGAUGCACCGAAGGCGAAAUCUUCCUAUACGCCUAA